AUGAGUGAGGAUGAGGCCGGAAAGUCAAAAGGAGAUUGUUUUCUAUUGGGCGGUCCAACUUUUUAUGAUCCCAACGAUGAUGCAAAUGACGCGAUAAGUGAAGUGAAAAACGACCCUGAACAUGUUGAAAAAAGUGAAGUGACUAGUAUUAAAACGUCGAAACAGAAAUGCAACGGGAAUUCGAUAAACGGCUCCUCACAUCAUUCUCACCAUACUCCGGAUCGGGAUUUGGUUUACGACGAUAGCAAUGCGGAUGAUAUUUUAGAAUUGGACACGGAUGACUUAAUCAUUCAGGAUGAAUGUUGCGAUGAGGAAAUACGAGAAUCUGUAGAAAUAGAGGCUUUAAUGCAUAGGGCGCAGUUCUUCCUUGCCAAGUCGUGUAAAGAGAAUAUCCGCAUAGCUAAAGAGAAAUCUUUGUGGACAACAACUCGUACUAUUGAGAAGUUGAUCGGCGAAGCUUUUUUAAAAGCUUCAGUUGUUAUCCUGGUUUUCCUUGCCAGAGGCGCUGAUCAUUUUGCAGGUUUUGCUAAGGUGUGUUCCCAGGCUUUAUACAAAGGCCAGCCAGCAAUAAGAAGGAAGGAGGAAAAGAAAAAGUCGACGAAGGAAAGACCUCGUUCACCAUCAAGAAGGAAGUAUUUUCACAGUUCAGGCAGAGUCGUCCUUCCAUCGUUGUUUGAAAAUCGUGUUAGUUACACGCAGUUUAAACGAGCGAAAAGAGAUUUGUCUCUGGAAGAGCUGUAUGAAAAAAUCAAGCAUGACGAACUUCAGCUCUUGCUAGGGUCCUCUCCACUUUCAAAUUUCACUAGAAGGGAGUUAUUUUUGGAGGUUGGUUCUUUUGAAAGGAGUCCACAUUCACUCUUGUAUGAUGCAGUAAAUGUGCCGUUAGCUGGACGUAUAUCCUACCAUCAUCGUGAACGGUCUCAUAUCCCUUCACUGCUGGAUGGAUUUUCUAGACUUUCUUCAAGACAGUCACCUCGAAGACCGACUAGACUUUUGGAUGAAAUCCAUGGGGGAAGUGAACGCUUUGGAGGUUAUUCAAAGAGGAGAGAUUACCCUCGACUUCCAGAGAGGGAAAGAGGACGUGACGCCCCCGGUUCUUCUAAAGGUUCAAGAAGCUCAAGAGAUCAGAAGGAGCUAAAAAGCUCUAAGACAAAGGAGGAAUUAAGAAAAUCUGAAAGUAGGAAAAGUACGAAACGCAGAACUCCGUUGAAGGAUGCCGAAAGCAGUUCAAGCAAAAAGCAUUGUAGAAGUCCUGAAAGGAGUUCUAGAAGUACAGUAAAGGAGGCUGAUAAACACAGCGAGCAAUGUCUUUUUGUCUGGUUUUUAGGCAAAGGCACGUUUAAUAAGGGAUUUCGCAGCAGGGUUCAUGAUAUGCCAACUGUAGAAUAA